AUGGCCACGCGCCAUGACAGCCGCCACCGCCGCCGUCCCGUCUGCAACGCGAUCCUCAAGUGGCAAUUGCAGCAGGAAGAGAAGCGCGUUGCCGAGGCGCACUACCGUCUCACGCGCAUGUCGGCGCCAUCGCCGUCGUCGUCGCUGCGUGUUGUCCCCAGCAGCAACAGCAGCAACAGCUCUUUCGACCGUCGGGUGGGCGCCCGAAGACCGCGAGCUGAAGCGCCGUAUUACCACGACACGGACGCUGUGGACACGACGCUUUGUAUGGCGCCACACGAGCACAAACGCGUCACGAACGGCCAGAGGGACGGCUUGGUCGAGUCAGAACGUCCGUCUCAGUCGCUCGUGCGUGACUCGAACGAGGUCUCGACGUCCGAUAAUGCCACGAGAGAGUUUUAUGCGGUACGAGAGGAUCGACAAGGGAGACCUCGAGACGGUCGGACGGAUGGAAAGCUGUUACGUGUUGAAGUUCCAGCAGCGAAGCGGUCGGUCGAAAGACGAGGCGCUGGUGUGUCAUUGAAAAGAUCACCAGAUGUUGAUGGGGAGACGUCGCUUUCGGACGGACGGCGGACGAAUGCGAUGUUGUUGCAUUGCGAUACGGUGGACGCGUCAGUAUUGGGGAAGUGGUCUCGUGAAGACGAUAGUCGAGAAGGUAUCGCGUCGGACAUGAAGACAGCGAAAGCCAGAGACAAAGAGACGAUGUGGAAGGGGUCGAAGUAUGGUGCAAAAGAUGCACAGGCCCAUGUGGAUCAACUAUCAGCGCCUCCACCAGUGACGUACUCUCCAAGCAACAGCUUUCUUGACAUGUUUGCUAGCAGAAGGUCGGCUGUACAUGGUGAUGCUGCUUUGUACUUUGAGAACGGAGGGCAUCGAUUUCAGUCUCUGUUGGACGUGGCGAUGGGGGACAAUAUGAUGGCACCGAGCGAGUUAUCUACGGACUCCAUUGGCAAAAGAACGGUGUCAUUUGCGGAGCAGCAUCACGAGGGUAUAUCGCCUGCUGCCGCUGCAAAUGGACCUGCCGCCUCAGUACCAGGACAGAGUGUCGCGGACAUCCUGGCGUCCCUGGAAGACACGUCGACUGGUAUCGAAGCACUCGAUGCCAAUGUUGAAGCUGGAAACGGUUACGACUCUGAUGGGUCUACCGGCCGAAAUCGAUUGCAGCUCUUUUGUGGUGACUUCUGUAGUAGCUGGGUUCGCUGUGCACAAGUCAAAGCGUUGUCUGGUGUGGAAGUUUCGCGGUGGGCCUUGGUCGUGGUGGCUUGCUGUUUCGCAAUCGGAACCUGCGGCUUUUUCAUGGAAGAGUUGAUGGUGGUCUUGAUGGCGUUGUAUUCGAAACGGAUACACUUUUCGCUAUCGAAAGCUGACCAAAAACGAAUGCGUGACCGCGUUGAUGCUCUUCAGCAAAAACUCCGAGCUUUCCAGCUAUCAGUUGCGACGAUUGACAUGAAGUCGCAGAAGGCUCUGACCGAUCUUCGUCGGCUCAUCGCUAAAAUGCGUCAAGAUCGCGAGAGACAUCAACACAUGCUCGCGAAUGAAAUGCAAGGUUUUCGCCACCACAUUUCACAUGCCACACAUGAGCUAGUAGAGCAAGAACGAGAGCUGAUUCAGGCACGGCUGGCAGAAGUCGCGGAAAUGCAAAGGAGUGACGACAAGGCUGUAGACAGCGAAAAUACUAUCGUUGGGUCCGCCAGCGUCGACGCCGACCAGAUUUUGGAAGAAGACAUUACUGGAGAACCCGUCCAAGUCCUCGCCACGGGUGGGUCUUCUUACGAGGCAAUACAAAGUUCGUUCGUGGGGACUGAUGUAAUCAUUAACACGCAGUUCUGUUCGGAGCUGACAAAGGCUGUGCCGAGCCACAAGCUUGUAACGAGGAAUGAGGUAGAUGUGUCUUUAGCAGAAGCUUCCAGUCCAGAUUACGAGCAGGCUCACGCUGGGCAACGUGAUGUUGGCCGCGAGCUCGAGCUAGUCGGAGGUUUGCCGAAAGUGGUGAGCGAAGAGUCCGCAAAUGUACAUGACAUUGAACUUGACGAUAAGUUGUUUGCUCAGAUUGAGGAAGUCGACAUCAAGCGUGUACACGAGAUCGAAUCAGCUGCACCGCCAGCAUCCGACCAGGACGUCAUCAAAGUCGAUGGUGUUGUCGCAGUUGUUCCCAAUCACAUUGAGCCGUCUCGCUAUGCCUGGAAUAUCAUUCUCGUGUUGGUGGGCAUCACGCUUCUCUCUGCCUGCUUUGUGCUCCGUGCGUACAACAUCAAUCGUCGCAAGCGGUGGCUCGCACAACGUCGCAAGCGAAGAAAUCAGCGGGCGGUGCGGCUAGCUCGACAACGGGCGAGAGCAAUGGCAGCGCAUCAGGACGAUAGCGACGAGUGGGAUAGCAGUGGCGCGGAUGGUGUAGAAGAGGUGUCACUCAUGACACACGUGCAAGAUAUCGAGGAUGACGAGUCAGGAGCGUCCGCCAGCGAGAGUUGA